AUGGCCAACAUGACGUCUUCAAGAAUAUUUGUCAAGGGACUUCCUCCUAGUAUCACCGAGGCCGAGUUCCGCAAACACUUCUCGGCCGGCAACCGUGAAAUCACUGAUGUCAAGCUUAUCCCCCAACGUCGGAUUGGCUAUGUAGGCUACAAGACGCCCGAGGUAGCCUCCAAGGCGAUCAAGUACUUCAACAAGUCUUAUGUCCGCAUGUCUAAGAUAUCGGUCGAAUCCGCCAGACCAAUCUCAGACCCAGCUCUGCACAAGUCACAGGGCUCAGUGCGAUUUGAUGGCCAGUCGGCAAAACGCAAGGCUCCCGAGAGUAACAUUGUUGCUGAUUCAAGUUCGAAGAAGCAAAAGCGAGGCGAGCAGGAGACUGCCGACCCCAAGCUUCAAGAAUUUCUUCAAGUCAUGGGCAAGAGCAAGGAGGACCCAAUGGCAGAUGCCACCAACUUUGCUGGAGAGGCUAGUUUGCCCAAGCCUGAUGUGCCUGUGCCCGAGGGCGAGAGUGAUGAUGAAUACGAGGAGAUUCCGUCAGCCAAGGAUAAGAAACGCAACAUAGCGAAUCCCGAAAUGGAUCGCAAUGCGAAUCAGCCAGAUGGGAAUCGCAAUCUGUUGAAAAAACAGGAGGCGCAUUCAGAUACACAAACACCCCAUGCAGAUCCCCCUCCUGAGUCAGAAGAGUUGCCACCUACUGAGGCAGCGGCUCCUCCUGUCCCUGGAGCAACAGAUGACGACUGGCUAAGGUCAAGAACGAACCGGCUUUUGGACUUGGUGGAUCCUGAUGACCUGGACUCAUCUAUUCCCAGCCAUGCCAAGGAUAGCCCGCCACAGCCUGGGGCCCAUCAUGAGCCCCAGCCAGCUCAGUCACAGGUUGAAACACCUGAUGCCGGAGAUGAGGUGGCAAAGAAGGCAGAUGAAAGUGAGCAGAAGACAGAGGAUGUCGUGGAGUCAAUUCGCCGCACAUCUCGGCUCUUUAUUCGCAAUCUCCCUUACGGAUCUUCCGAAGAUGAAAUCCGCGAGUGCUUUGAACAAUUUGGACCUAUACAAGAGGUACACAUACCGAUGAGCAAAGCAGGCUCCAGCAAGGGAUUUGCCUUGGUACUUUUCGUGGAGUCGUCACACGCGGUCGAAGCAUUCCAGGCAAUGGAUGGGUCAACGUUUCAGGGGCGCCUCAUUCACAUCAUUCCAGCUGAUGCCAAACGAGACGCCGGCCUGAAUGAAUGGGAAAUUUCAAAGCUGCCCUUGAAGAAGCAGAACAUGAUUCGGAAAAAGGCAGAGGCAUCGUCUAGCACAUUCAACUGGAAUUCGCUAUUCAUGAGCCAGGAUGCCGUCAAUGCAUCAGUGGCUAGCCGCUUGGGUGUUUCAAAAUCCGAGCUGCUUGACCCUACAUCAGCGGAUGCCGGUGUCAAGCAGGCUAUUGCCGAGACGACUGUCAUUCAAGAGACAAAAGCUUACUUCGUUGCUAAUGGUGUGGAUCUUGGUGCCUUCAAGUCACAGAAGCGAGGAGACACUGCCAUUCUGGUAAAGAAUUUCCCAUACGGUACCACCAUGGAAGAACUCCGAAGCUUGUUCGAGGAGCACGGCCCAGUUCUGAAAGUUUUGAUGCCUCCUAGUGGAACUAUUGCCAUAAUACAAUUCACCAAAGCCAAUCACGCAAAAGCGGCCUUCGGGAAGCUGGCUUAUCGCCGUAUCAAGGACAGCGUGCUGUUUUUGGAAAAGGCGCCUAAGGAUCUCUUCCGUGGCGACGUGACGGAGCUAACUCCACAGGUGAGCGAUCGACCUGUUGGCCACCAAAAGCCUAACGUUGAUGACCUGCUGUCACGCGGUGAUACAACGGACGAGGUGGUGGAGACUACAUCCCUGUUUGUGCGCAACUUGAACUUCGACACGACAACCAGUAGAUUGGCGGAGGCUUUUGAGUCUCUCGACGGAUUUGUGUCAGCCAGGGUCAAGACCAAGACGGACCCCCAGAAGCCUGGUCAAGUGCUAAGUAUGGGCUUUGGCUUUGUGGAGUUCCUUAAUAAGGGUCAAGCUCAAGAUGCUCUUAAAGUUAUGGACGGUUAUGUACUAGACGGCCACACUCUUGGCGUUAAGGCAUCCCAUCGAGGCCUUGACGCUGCAGAAGAGCGGAAGCGGGAUGACAAGGCCAAGAAGGCGGCAGGUCAAAGAACGAAGAUCAUUAUCAAGAACUUACCCUUUCAAGCUACUAGGAAGGAUAUUCGGGCGCUAUUCGGUACUUACGGUCAGCUCAGAUCUGUCCGCGUUCCAAAGAAAGCGGACUAUACUUCAAGGGGGUUUGCCUUUGCCGAUUUCGUCACACCUCGAGAAGCUGAAAAUGCACUAAAUUCGUUGAGGGAUACCCACCUUCUCGGCCGCAAGCUGGUGCUUGACUUUGCAGAGGCGGAAGCCCUCGAUGCUGAGGAGGAGAUCGAGAAGAUGCAGCGUAAAGUAGGGGGCCAAGUCAAUAAAAUGGCCCUGCAACAGCUAGUUGGUAGAGGGAGGCAAAAGAUCAAUAUAGGGGACAAUGAUGAGGAGGAGGGAUUUGAUGGCUAG